AUUGUUUAAAGAGUAAUAAUGUCCAUGCAAUUUUGGGAGAAAUUCAAGGAAGCUUGAGCUGGUCAGUAGGGAAUGGUAAAUCCGUUAAUUUCUAUCAUCUUCUUACAUGUUCUCUCAAGCUCCACUACUUCUCCAAUGUCUAUCACAAUUUCAUCAAUGACUUCAAGCUAUGCUUGUGUAACGAUGAGCUCGUUGGAUCUGACUUUGUAUUCUUAUUUUUCAUAUAAACUUCAGACUUCAAACCUUCACUUUCUACUCAUGCAAGUCAGAAAAGAUGGAAAUCCAAGAAUGGAGAUUUCGCCGGCAAUUGGUGCUGGUUCCAUUGCCGCUCCAAGGGCACUUAAAUCCAAUGCUUCAGCUAGGAGCCAUUCUUCACUCCAAGGGUUUCUCCAUCACAAUUGCUCAUACCCAUUUCAAUUCUCCCAACCCUUCCGAUCAUCCUAACUUCAUCUUCCUUCCCUUAUCAGUUGGAUUUUCUAGCUUCACUCCAUUCCGUGAUGACUUCAUAGCCUUUCUCUCAAUCCUAAAUACUAACUUUGAAACCCCACUCCGAGAAUUAUUGACUCAGAUGAUUCAGAAGCAGGGCCAAGAUGAUAAGCUCCCAUGCAUUAUCUAUGACGGAUUAAUGUAUUGUGUUGCAGAAAUAACUCAAUCUCUGAAGCUUCCAGGCAUCGUCUUGCGCACUAGCUGUGCAGCUAAUCUACUUGCAUACUAUGCUUUCCCUGGUCUCCGAAACGAAGGCUAUCUUCCUGUGCAAGAUUCAUCACUAUUGAACAUUGUGCCUGGAUUUCAUCCCCUCAGAUUCAAGGAUCUUCCGGCUCAUAGCUUCAGCUUAGAUGUGAUGCUACAGUUGAUGGCAACCUUACGCGAUACAGGAUCAUCCUCAGCCAUCAUAUGGAACACCAUGGAUUUCCUGGAGGAAUCAUCACUAGAGCAGAUUCAAAAGCAAUUUCAAAUUCCAGUCUUCCCAAUAGGCCCCAUGCACAAGAUCGUUACAGCCGCUUCUACCAGCUUGCAAGAAGAAGAAACCAGCUGCGUAAAAUGGCUUGACAGACAAUCUCAGAACACAGUUAUCUACAUAAGCUUGGGAAGUGUCGUUAUCAUAGAUGCGGAAGAACUAGGUGAAAUAUCUUGGGGCCUGGCUAAAAGCAACCAGCCAUUCUUGUGGGUAGUUAGACCUGGAUCAAUCCAAGGUUCAAACUGGAUUGAACUAUUGCCUGAAGGCUUCAGAGAAGCUAUUGGAGAAAGAGGUUGCAUCAUAAAAUGGGCACCUCAAAAGGAAGUUUUAGCACAUGCUGCAGUGGGUGGGUUUUGGAGCCAUUGCGGAUGGAAUUCAACUCUGGAGAGUAUAUCUGAAGGGGUUCCAAUGAUAUGCAGACCGUGUUUCGGAGAUCAAAGGGUUGUUGCAAGAUAUGUGAUUCAUGUAUGGAGAGUAGGCUUGGCAUUGGAGAACAAGUUGGAGAAAGGAGAGAUAGAAAGAACUAUUCGAAGCUUAAUGGUUGACAGGGAAGGGGAGGAGAUGAGACAAAGGGCAAUGGACCUAAAGGAGAUGGCUCAACUUAGCAUAAACAAAGGUGGUUCUUGUUAUAAUUCCCUGAAUGAGUUAGUAGAAUUUAUAGCAUCUAGUUAAUUGCGCAGCUAGCCUGUUGUAUAUUAAAAUUGCCUUGAGGAAUAUUGUAAUUCUAAUAAAGCUAAAAUCACAUACAUAUAUUUUGUUAAUAAUCUAUAAUUUUUCAGUGAUACAAAAUAAUGUAUAGUAUCGAAUAAUGUUCUCGUGAACCUCAG